AUGGGCUCACAACACAAUGCUAUUGUUGAUAGUCUAUUGUGGAAAAGUGUUCGUGAGCGAUCGUUGCCUCAAAUACUGCGAUCCCUCACUCUCUGCGACACUCACAGCAAGCUUUCCUCUCUUUUCGCUUCCGCCACGAACAUCGCUGCGACUUCACAUCUACCACUUGACAGACUACACUGCCUUCUCAAAACCCCAACUACUUACAACUCUUCCAACACAAACACCAACAGCAGAGUCGCUGGCGACACUGUAGAGAUGACCAUUCCAAACAAGCAAAACCAGUCCGCGAUCCAAGCCAACAUGGGCCGUAUCAACACUCAUUCCGCCCCGGCCAGCAAGAAGCGCAAGUGCUCUGAUGGUCGUGACGCGUCUGAGCAAGCAGAGCAGGGUGAUAUCAGAGUCGCGAAGCACGCUCGGAGGGACUCACAUCAAGAAACCAAUGACAAAGACAAGCAGACUCGCACUACACCAAACGCACCUUCUCCAAAAGGCACCAUGAUCGACCUCACGGGAGACGAGCCAAGCCCAAAGACGAAGCAGCGCAAGCUGGGUGCGCCAUUCGAGAAGUGGCCUGUCGAGUUGAGGUGGUACGAGGAAGACUACACCUUGAAGACAGAUGCUGCAAAAGCCGCCAUCUCCCAAGAUAAGAAGUCUCUCAAGUUCUGGCAGGAAGGAGAAGAGCCCUACUUCACCAUCCAAACCGCAUCGAUCAAGAACUUGGAGGAAGCGAGACAUGAGAAUGAGCUGGUCCUGACCCGCGCCGGAGAGAAGACCUUUACCAUCGUCUUCACCAUCGACCGAGAUUUGCCAUUCUUGCGUACCCACGGCAAGUUCUUCAACGUACUCUCAUCACUUGGAAACGACGGCAAAGGCACAGACCGCCUGCAGAAGGAUCGCGCAGAUGCAGCGGCUCGGUCGACCGCCAACACCAACUCUCACGAUGUGGCCUUCGUGCGCCAAGAGUGGAAGACCUUCGGCGACAACGACUGGAAGAACAUCACGAGAAACGACCUCAGAAAGUUCUGUCGCUGGGCCGACAAGACUUACCCAGGUCAGCCAUUCCGAGGGAUCUCCAACAUCAAGAAGCCAGACCUUCAGAGCCGGAUCAUCGACUGGCUCACCGCGAAUCCGAACGAGGGCGUUGGUGCGAAUGCUGGUGUACAAAACGUGCAGCCAAAGUGGCCAGCCUACGACGAGAACAAUAACUUGCUGGGCUACUACAUUACGCGCGACGAGGCCGCGGCUGCUGCACAGCAGGCCGUCUUCGAGUCUGCUGCUGCUCGCGAGGCUCAACGCAUACACAGAUCGACACCAGCAGUAUACGACAUCGAGCGCAUCUCACCGAACCAACACCCACAUCCAUAUUCACCCACCUUCAAAACAACAUCGAGGCCGAGCGCAAACAUGGCCGACUACAAGUCCAUGAAGACCGGCGCUUUGAGCAUCAUUCACGAUGCAAAGACAUACAACGACAAGGUCGACAUCAACACCCUCAUGCUUCAACUCGAGCUGGAUGCCACCCACAACCUAAGCGCUACCGUCUCCUUUUACUUCAAGAAAGCAAGCAACACCGAAGGCUCCAAGAAGCGCAAUCGCCAGGUCAUGGCAGCCCUCGAGCAACAACAGCCAGGUGACAUCCUGCACAAGGGACUGGUCGCUGAGACGCUCGUUCCAUUCGUGCACAUCGGCAAAGCAUCCCAUCGGCAAGCGACUGAGCAAAGUGAGCCAUGCACAGCCCGCGCCUAUGGUAUCGUCGCCCACUGCGUUUUGAAGUCCAUCAAGUAUCUACCCAACGCCAAAGCCAGUGGCAUCUACACCCCAACCGGCAAGAUUGCAAUCAAGCUCGAGAACUUCGAACUCCCCAACGAGGGCUGGAGUCCCUCAUGGGACGGAAGCGGCAAAAUGGUUCCCUGCAUGUUCGGCAUCCGAGUCCUGGAAAAGAUCCAAAUGAUGGAGCCUGCCGUCAUGGCCCCUCUCGACGAAGAAGAUCAAGAAGACUUCGAGUCCGGACUGGAAGACGAGAUGGUCGAUGAGGAGAUCCGUGAGUACGUUGCCGCCAAGGAGACAGCUGCAGCAGAGAAGGCCGCCGCCCUACAGCAAGAGAGAGACGCAGUUCUCGGCCAGAUCCGCAAGGCAAAGAAUGAACUCAAGGCUCUCGAUACCAAGCAGGCGGCUAUGAAGAAGGAGAGACAUGAGAUGGCCGACUUUGAUAGCGAGGGUUUCGCACAUCACCGAUCUCCCGCGCGCGACCAGGAACUCAAGGUCAACAUUGAGCAAAUUGGCAAACAGAAGAGCACCACCGAAGACACACUCCGCAAGGCAACGCAUCAGCUCAACGUAAUGAGCAAGCGCACGGAGGGAGCUUUGCUCGCCGCCGACGAGCCUGCCGUGGUCACUGAGCCUGAAGUUGAACCUCCAUCAGAAGAGGAGGCGGUUCAAGCCGCAGCGCCUCAAGUAGAGCCAGCUCAAGAGGAGGAAGGCCAAGCCGCAGCGCCUCAAGCAGAGAAAGCUCUGGAGGAGGAAGCAGCACCUCAAGCAGGUGAAGCUGAAGAGAAGGGAGUUCAGGCCACAUCGCCUCAAGUUGAACAGGCCCAGGAGCCAGCAGCACCGCCAUCUCCACCUCCAGUUGCUGGCAAGAAGCGCUCCCGUGAGGAUACCGGCAAGCCAGAUUGCGAUGAGCGGUCCAAGAAGAGCAACCCCAAUCUGAUGCCACCACCCUCGCAUAUCACUGGCGUGAAGCGCUCGAGAGAGGACGAUGGCCCGCAAGAGGUGGUAACUAAAAAGGCUCGAACCGCUUCGCCAGCCCAGGAGAAGGACAUUAUCGCAGAGAGCAUCUCUCCAUUGACCGGUCAGCCCUCCAACUCUGACAUCGCUGCUGUGGCCUCGGUCGAGAAGCAGAAGGCCGAGAAGUCGGAAGCAUCCAGCAAGCAGAAGCCUCUCUCAAAGGGCAAAGGCAAGGCGGAUCUCGUGCGGGUAGUAAACGAUGCCAUCAAGUCGCGGCAUAAGAAGCAGGUUGUCGCGAGCCAGAUUGCACGGAGACAGGAGGCGGCGAAUGUCGCGCAGCGGGCGGGCAUUGCGGCUAUGAAGUCGGCGUAUGUUCCGGGGAGUGGUGGGCGGAAGAUGUCUUGA